AUGGCUUUGAAUGAGAAAGAAAGAAAAUCCAAUAAUUAUGUGGUAUCGAAUAAGAUGGUGAAGGAACACCUAGCACCAAUUAAUGUGGCUUUGAAUGAGAAGGUAGGGAAAUCCACUAAGCAUGUUGUAUCGAAUAAGAAGGUGAAGCUACCCUAUAUAAUCCACUCGAAUCCGGCCUAUAAAAUCCAACAAACACUUCAACCAAAAUCACAAACCCGAUAA